CCGCCCCCCGUUGUUCAUUCAAUGUUUUUGGUCUUUCUCUCCUCUUUGCCUGUCCCUUCUCUCCCCCGGCUGCUGUCUUGUUUUUGUUGUUCUGUCAUUCAUUCGUUCAUUCUCUCAACCAGGCAUGUUGGCGACAGUCUGAAGAGGCCGAGUUGACUUCAUCACAGCGCGGACGAGUGCCGGGGCAGCGAGCGUGUCUUGUUUACCAUUCUUACCCAUUUGUUAGCGGCGGGCCAUUGAGACAAGAGAAGACUCCGACAGGGGAAAAGUAUCAAAGAGGUGGACGCUGAACACGACAAAAAAAAUAAGAAAAAAAGCAUUGGAUCCCAGGACUACUAUACCGACCGAGGAUGGAUUCGACGAGAUCUUGCCCAUGAUCUCCUACAAUGCGCCAGCCAACCAAUACCUUGAGUAGCUAUUGUUCCAUCGUCUCGUCGCCGCCAUCAUCAGCGUAGCUUCGCAGCUGUCGAUUACGAACUAUUGCAGACCGACCCGGCCACCCGCGCACUCGAAUACGGGAAACCGUCGUCCUCUCAGAAUCACCGGAUCACGAAGCCUGACUCCCACAUUCCUUGGCCACUCACCCCCCGGCCCCGCGAAAACAGAGAGAAAAAAAAAAGUCACCCAAAGCUGUCCAUCUUGGACAAGUCGCUCGUUUAACCCUCGUCGCUCGUUGCCCGAUUACACAGCCACACAUCGCGCACCCAACGCCCUCCAAACAAGCGCUCGGAACAACCCACCUCUCUGUCACUGGGCUGCCUGGCUGCAGGCACCACAACACACGCCAUGACUAACCACAUUGGCGGGCCUUCACUCUCUCAGGCCCGCAAAACCCAGAAUAUCGACCAUUCCCAUACAGGCUCCAGCGCUGGGCACAACCACCGCCAUUUGCACCACCAACACAACCAACAACAAGGCCAGCUCCAGCCGGAAGAGGAACUUGAUCAAACUCCUCACCAACACCAACACCAACACCACAUACACAACCACAUACACACCCACAACCACGCUCGCUACCACCACCAAUCCUCCGGACAACAAGCACAGGAACCAUCACAUGAAGACGGCGACAACACCACUCUCCAGGACCACAAACAUCUCGACAUUCGUUCAUCACCCGAUACGCAACAACAACCCGAACCACUAAAUGCACGUCAAGUGUUAGUGGUCCAAACUGUGUCCGUCAUCAAGAUCAUAGAUGACGCCGGUGCUCUCGUCCACUUCUCGACUCUGGCAUCCGAACCUGUUACACAGUCAUCCGACCCUGUGGCCGUGCUAACUGCCGAGGUCAGAGAUCUGGGUAGCCAGUUGCCCACCGUGCCCGUCUCAGUUCCGCAACUUGGCGAUGGGACACCGUCGCCAACUGCCUCCGUCGACACGGAGUCGUCUGUAACGUCCGCUAUUUUGUCGCUGUCCUCCGGCGUGGCUGCGCCGGGGGCCUUGACGUCCGCUCCUUUCAACAGCUCGUCUGCAUCUUACCAAGAUGGCACCUCGAGCUUCCCCACACUAUCGCUAUCCUCCGGACUUUUCAACUCUUCUUCAACUCGCAUCCCAUCGUUUUAUCCCAACGGCACGCAUGUGUCCCAUUCCUUGUUCGCAAACACUACCCGAACAUCCACCUUUGCAAGUUCGACAUCCACCUUCGCUUCUUCCACCAAAAGCCGAGCUUCAACCACUCAAUUCACAUCCAUCUCGUCAGGUGUGCCGACUCUCGUAGCAGGUGGGACCGAAGAAGGCAACAGCGGCAAUGCGGGAGCUGGUGGCGAAUCCGCAAGCCCCGCCGGAACGACCGACUCCCCGUAUGUCGACCCCAACAACACGGACAACAACUCCAGCGGACUUACGCCCACCGCUCAGCGAUCCAUCAUUGGAGGUGUCGUAGGCGGGGCUGCGGGCAUGGCCCUCAUUGCGUUCCUGUUAUUAUUCCUUCUGAAAUGGAAGAAGCGAAACGGCGGCGGCAACAUCCGAUUGCUGGGCGAAGGUGGUAGUCUGGCGGCCGCAGCCCGGAAACGGGGCGGACAUGAGCAUGGAGGAGGAGCUCUGGAAGGAGGAGAAGGAGGAGGCGGUAGUGGUGGAGGCGGUGGAGGAAAUGGAGGAAGAGGAGGAGGAGGAGGAGGAGGAGGAGGAGGAAUGACAGAAAGCGGUCUUCCAUACGCAGUCCCGUCUGCUCUUGCCAGUCUUACGGGGGCCAAGCGAUUCUCCGCCGCGUCAACUGAGCCUCCGGCCUCAGAACCGGGUUUCUACCGGGUAUCAGGCAAGAAGCUGAUAUCCGUUUUAGAAUCUGGGGGAGAUGGAUACAGCGACCCGGAUCCUCACGAGAGCGUCUACUAUCGGGAUUCCGUAGCGUUCACCGAUGGGACGACGGGCGCCCUUGGCCUCGGUGGGCAGCGGCUCAAACUCGGGUCUCCGAUGCGGCCCAUAAGCGGCGUUCCCGUCUUUAGGUCAGGACCGGGGAGGACCGCGAUUGUUCAGCAGGAUGGAGGAUCAACGGGAGCGAGAGCAACAAGCCCCUUUUCAGAUGACACGCACCCGGUAACGCCGGCGUCACCGAUUGGCAGUCAUGGACCUCCAAGUCCGCCUGCACGUGCUUCUUUAUUGCCAGACCCGAUCGGUCGGAGUCUGGUAUCCCGGGAUGGGUCCCGAGGAUCUGGGUCAAGAUUUACUGAGGAUAUGUGAUGGGAUAAUUUUGUCUUCAUCUUUUUUUGGACAUAGCCAUUUUACCAUCUUUGACCCAUAUUGAGCCAUCCACCUUUUUUUCUUCUUUUGCAGUCAUCUUGGUAAAAUUUGUGAAGCUUCUUGGACAUGAUAUCAACAUUCUCUUGUCAACUAUUAUUUUUUUUAUUUCAUUCUUUUUAUCUUUCAUUCUCUUUCAUCUGGCAGUCAUCUUCCCUUCGGCGCCCAUUGUCGAUGUACAUGACAUUUUUUUUUCAUUUCUCUUCUCAUCUCCCUCCAACUUAACACACACUCUUUCUUUAUUCUAUAAUGUCUUGUGGUCAGUCCGUUCGAGGCACGGGCACAGCGGACGCGGAGAAAAAAAAUGGAGGGGAUGGAGGGAUCCCGAAGCGAGGGCUAUGGCUUGCUAGAAGCCUCUUCCUUCUUCUUAUCAUGGCUUGGCCGGCAGGCACACACAGGUAUGUAAUCCAGUUGGAUUUUUGUGUUCUGGGGGCGGCGAAAGGAAGGAAAGUGUUCGGAGGACAGGUCGGCAUAUACCUCGGGCUACAUGAUAGAUAUGAAGAUAGGGAAAGGAAAGAGAAGCAGUGCAAGUAAAGCAAAGCGAGAAAAAGAGCAAGUGAAGUGCAGCAGAAAAGCUGAUGGUUUCUCUGGAACUGAACUGGACUGAACGACUCUCACCACCACGCCGCGCCCCUUGACGCCGAUUCUUGCCUGUUAUAACUGUUGCUAUGUGUCUGUUGCGUACCCACGUACCGAUCUUCGAAUACUCUAGAAU